UCUAGCGUCAUUGAAUUAGUAGGCUACUAUAUGAGCAACAAGCACGUUACCUCGGGCAAGGAUUGUGUCACCGUCCUCAGAUCGACAGUGUCUGGUUUAAACAGAAGGAAAGCAAAACUGAGUAGCAUAAGACAAAUACGAAGCUGUGAAAACCGGCAACACGUAAAGAGCUAUCCUGAAAGAUAUCACAGCUUAUGGCAAUUUUGUGGACAACCUCCGUCUUUAUGUGAGAGGUGGCACUGGAGGGAUGGGACUGCCUCGCCUAGGUGGCCAUGGAGGGAAGGGAGGGGACGUCUGGGUGACAGCCCAAGAUGGUAUCACCUUGAAGAAAAUCAAGGACCAAUACCCUCACAGACGUUUUGUUGCUGGAGCUGGAGCAAAUAGCAGUAUCCGUGCUCUGAAGGGGGGGAAAGGAGCGGAUGUGGAAGUCUUCGCUCCUCCAGGGAUUGUCGUCACCACAGAUGAUGGGGUGGUCAUAGGGGAGCUGAAUGCAAAGGGGGAGAAGGUCCUGGUGGCGCAAGGUGGCCAAGGUGGUGCCCACUACUGUAAUUUUCUCCCCAGCAAAGGCAAGGCUCGACAAAUCCGCCUGGACCUGAAGCUCAUUGCAGACGUGGGCCUUGUAGGGUUUCCAAAUGCUGGUAAAUCCUCACUGCUGAGCACACUUUCCCAUGCCAAACCACAGAUCGGAUCUUAUCCAUUCACAACCCUGAGACCUGAGAUUGGCAAAGUCAUGUAUGAUGACUUCAGGCAGGUGUCCGUGGCUGACUUACCUGGCCUAAUUGAGGGUGCUCAUGUGAACAAAGGCAUGGGACACAAAUUCCUCAAACAUGUUGAAAGAACCAAGCAAUUGCUGUUUGUGGUCGAUAUCUGCGGUUUUCAGCUAUCAAACAAAAGUCCAUUUAGAUCAGCAUUUGAGACUAUACAGCUUUUAACCAAGGAACUGGAGCUAUAUAGGGAAGAGCUGCUCUCUAAGCCUGCCCUCCUGGUUGUGAACAAAAUGGACCUUCCAGAAACUGAGAUGCUGCUUCAGGAACUUCUUGAUCAACUUGAAAACCAAGAUGAUUAUAAAAGUCUGCCCGAGGACCUAAUCCCGAAAAGCACCCUACACUUCAGUCACGUGGUCCCGGUCUCCGCGGCAACGGGGCUGGGAAUCGAAGAGCUGAAGGCGCGCAUCCGUGAAUCGCUGGACGCGCAGGUGGCAUCACAGACGGAGCAGGAGACCACGAGGCGGAUCGAGGAGCUGCGCAGGCCACGCCCUCCCCCGACCGCCCGCUCCCGCGGCCCGAGGCCGUCUGCGUGACCCCGCGGGAGAACGAUACCGGCUCCAGCGCUGUGGGAGGAAUGCUAAACCGCCUUAUCUGAGGGGGCCUUUCAGACGAGCCAUUACCGUGAGGUCCUUACUGUGACCAUUUCAAGAUUCCCGUGUCACUGUUGGAAAGGAUUAGGGCGGUUCUUCUGUGACCUAGCAAAAUUUCCAACUUGUUUUGGCGCUACAUGGCUGCCGUAAGUCACCCCAGAUGGAUGGCGCUCGUUGGCUGUGGUUGAGGCAAGUUUCCUCACUUAACUGCGAAACAUUAUAAGAUGAUGGGACAUUACAUAAGGCAUUCAGUAAAUGCAGUCCCUUAUUUUCAUCAGUCAUAGCAAAGCAGUUUGUUGUAGCUGUUGCCUACAGAAACUAAGCUACCACACAGUGCAGUUUGUUAAAUUGAAGAUGAGCUGGGGCUGUGAUGUUUAGGCCUUUACACUCCUGACCCAGGAAAAACUGGCCCACACCACACGGCAGACUUUUGCUGGAGUGGUGCAGACACAGCCAGGGCUUUAACGAUGUGCACUGAAUGAAGGAAACCAAUACUGAGAGAACAUCUUUGGGGCGGCGGUUUGCCAAUAUCAAAUAAUGAUGGGGAUGAGUAGUUGUGAAUUGGACAGUAUGAUCCCCCCCCCAUUCUUCCGAUUCCAUUGCUUUUGCAUAAAGAGGAUGUACACUGGCCUUUUGAUGAAAGUUUUAUUUUAUAUUAAAUAUAUUACAAUACUGAAUGAUAUUGUAAGAAAAAAAAAUAUGGGCAUUGAUUUUUUUGCAUUGUCAGUCUAUGUACAGCAUACAGGGGAAAAAAAAAAGAAUGAAGUAUAUAGAUUUAUAUAUCAGGAGUUGGCAAUGCGGGGCAGCAGACAUUAACAGGUUAAAAACACAGUGUCCUGAUGCCUCUAGUUGAGCAGGGUUGUAGAAUUCUGGUCUGAAUUGCGUAAAAUACAUUCAAGAGAAACGGACCAGUCCUCUUGCCUUUGCUGGGAUGAAGCAUUUCCUCAGGGCAGUCGCUUAACGUAAUCGGCCAGGUUUGCAGAUACAGACAGCAAAAGUAACAUGUUAACGGUAUCCCUUCAGGGAUCAUCCAAAGAGAACAGAGUGCCAGCAAUGAGGCAAUAACAACGGUUGGAAGAUUUCAGAAAGCCUCAACAGACAUUAAGGACAAGACUAUUCCUCUUGCGCACAAUGCACGCUAUUCCUAUUGGUCCAGGGGGCCCACAUGACUCCCAUGGACAAAAUCAUAAAAGACCGCAUGGGGGCCUGAACACAAGCUACACGUCAACACCAAAGAAAAUGCUCUGUCUGUUCUUGUUACCACCUCAGCAUUUGUGUAAAUCUGAAGUUUAUUAAAGAACCGUUGGAUGUAGGAAAACAAGGCAAAACAUGCAGUAUAUUCUAUUGCUUGAAACAAAUCUGCCACGACUGCUGCUUUUUUCUCCCUUUUUCCUGCCUGUUCAAAAGCUGACAUCGGGCAUGAUUACACACCAACUUCAUCUGAAAUCAUUAAAACG